UAAGGUCCGGAAUUGAGAGGCUCCCCGGCACCUCCGCGACGUCGGUUGUCGGUUGCCACCCGCUCCAAUGGCGCCCUGCAAGACCGCCACCACCCCCCUCGAUAGCCCUUCCACCAAUGCCCCAAUUUUAGGAGAGACAAAUGGAACCCACGGGGACAUCCGGGAGUUCGCCUGCCGAAGCAUCGGCACCGACCUCUCCCUCGAUCCCCUUCCUGGUGGAAAAAUCGUUCGAUCUGUAGAUUUGCUCCUUCCGAGAUGGAUCUCUAUCAUAUUCCCCUUGUUAUUCUCUUGCUGACCCUUCCGCUCGCCAAGCCGGUCCGAGGCGAAACCGAUCCGCCAGACGUUUCUGCCUUGAAUGUUAUGUUUCGAAGCUUAAAUUCCCCCUCUCAGUUAAAUGGAUGGAAAUCCAGUGGAGGUGACCCUUGUGGCGAUGAUUGGAAAGGCAUCACAUGCUCUGGCUCAUCCGUGACCAGAAUAGAACUCUCGGGUCUUGGUUUGUCAGGUACACUGGGUUACCAACUGUCGAGCAUGACUUCGGUAACUUAUUUUGACAUGAGCAAGAACAAUCUUAAUGGUGAUGUACCUUACCAGCUUCCACCUAAUGCUGAUCAUAUAGAUCUUGGUGGAAAUACAUUUUCUGGAGGGAUUCCUUUUUCAAUUUCUCAGAUGUCUGAUCUUACGUACCUAAAUCUUGCCCAUAACCAGCUUCAUGGACAGUUGACUGAUACGUUUGGUUCACUUCAUAGACUCUCAUUGCUGGAUCUCUCAUACAACCAAUUCUCAGGAAACCUACCUCAAAGCUGUGGAUCCCUCUCUGAUCUCAAAAAUUUGCUAUUACAGAACAAUCAAUUUAGUGGUUCAAUAGGUGUGCUUGCCCAUCUUUCUCUUGAAGAAUUGAAUAUUCAAAACAACCAGUUUACAGGUUGGAUUCCAAACAAAUUGAAAAGUAUACAUAACCUCAAAAUAGAUGGAAAUUCCUGGUCAUCUAGCCCAGCACCUUCAGGCAUGUCUAAAGCUGGAGAUAUAAGCUCAUCCACAGCCGAUGAUGGAAAUCAGAAUUCUGGUAUGAAAGCUGCAGCCAUUGUUGUGACAGUUAUAGCCGUGUUAGUAUUGGCUCUUCUUUUAAUGGCUCUUGUUAAGAGAAGAUCUUCAGCUUCAUCUCAUUAUAUUGUUGAUCAAUAUAGCCAGAACAGAUCAAGUACACCUCUAGUAGAUAAUGAGCUUAAGGGUUCUUCUUCUUCUUCAAUUGACUUAAAGUCUACGGAAGAAGCUUCUUUGGGACUUGCGCCUGCUCCUACCGAUGCUCACAAGUCAGUCAGUGAUAAUGAGUUUGCAAAUAAGUUUCAUUCCCGGAGAAGCACAGAUCGUCCUCCUCUCACAAUAUAUUCAUCAUCUGAUUUGCAAGCUGCUACUCGAUUUUUUAACUCUAGCAGUCUUCUUGGAGAAGGGAGUAUUGGGAGAGUAUACAAGGCAACAGUUUCUGAUGGGAAGGUUUUGGCUGUUAAGAAGAUAGAAACAUUGAAUUUGGCUGGAACUUAUGACUUCAUGGAAAUAGUGUCAGACAUUUCGAAGCUGCAUCAUCCUAACAUGUCUGAGCUUUUAGGUUAUUGCUCAGAAUCUGGGUGCAAAUGCUUAGUCUAUGAGUACCAGUGGAAUGGUUCUCUUCAUGGUUUUUUGCAUUUAUCUGAUGAGUAUAGCAAACCAUUGACUUGGGACACUCGAGUAAGAAUUGCUCUUGGGACUGCUCGUGCUGUAGAAUAUUUGCAUGAGGUCUGCUCCCCCUCUGUGAUUCACAAGAACAUAAAGUCUGCCAAUAUCUUGCUUGAUGCCGAGCUAAACCCACGGUUAUCUGACUCUGGUUUAUCAGUCUUCUUUGAGGAUACAAGUGAGAACUUGGGACCUGGAUACAAUGCUCCAGAAUGCACAAAACCUUCUGCCUAUACGCUGAAGAGUGAUGUCUACAGCUUUGGAGUGGUCAUGUUGGAGUUAUUGACAGGUCGGAAGCCCUUUGACAGUUCCAAGCCAAGAAUAGAGCAGUCAUUAGUUCGGUGGGCAGCACCACAACUACAUGAUAUUGAUGCCUUGGCAGGGAUGGUUGACCCUGCUCUCCGGGGGCUCUACCCACCAAAGUCAUUGUCCCGAUUUGCUGAUGUAAUUGCUCUAUGUAUCCAGUCAGAGCCUGCGUUCCGGCCUGCAAUGUCCGAAGUAGUGCAGGUGCUGGUUCGAUGCAUUCAGCGCACCAGCAUCAACAAGAGGAUGGGUGGAGAUUUAACCAACUCUCACUCCACCAGGAGUGAAGAUUCCGAUGGAUACUACUGAGGAAAGUCUUCAACUCAUUGAAUUCCCUCAAGUCUCUCAAGCAUCAUUUCGAUCAACUAAGAAUAGUCACUUGAGCUGUUGUUUUGAUACACCAUUUUGUCUGAGAAAGACCAUGAAGCUCAUGCUUGUCAGCUUGUGUACUCGGUCUUUUCUCUUCAACAAAGUAUCCUCACACAUUCUGAUUGAACUUUUGCAGUUUGUAAUUGAUUGUCUGAAAAUUCCUAUGAAGAUCACACUUGACUUUUCUAGAGGAAAUUUUAUUCUAUUCUAGAU